GGGCACAGAGCAGGUACCUGGGUGUCACUGUCACCCUGCAGCGCUUUAGGGAAAGGACCGUCACAUGAGACAAACUGGUAAUCUCUGUGACUAGCUCAUUAGAGCAGAUCUGGAUAGUGCAGAUCCACUGGAGAAUAGAAUGUUAAUGACAAGCAAAGCUUGCAGCAGAUUGCACCUGUGAGAACAUACCCAAGAGCCCAGCUGGAUGUCCCUGGACUAAUCUAGCAGUCUGCGGACUUGACUUCUACAACAAGGUCAGUGAGCACAGAAACUCCAGGACACAGAUGAAAUUCCAAUGUGAAACUUAGGUUACUUUACCCCUCCAAAGGUGAAUGAAUGUGCCAGGGGAACUCUAUUUCCCGCAUUCACACACCUGCAUGUCUCUUUACACAUCUGUUUGUACACACAAGGAAGCCACCUGAAUGCUCCGCUACAAACCUACUUGUCCUUCUGCAGAGCAUCUCUUCCAGGUCGGUGAUGAUAAGUAAAGUCCGGGUCGCCGUGUCUGGGCUAGUGGGGUCUUGGUCAAACAAGCACAACGAUCAACCUAGACCAGAGAAGGCGCUUUCAGAUGUGGGUGCCCAGACCCCCCGGGCUCCCUGCAGACCAGCCUUCCUGGGUCUGUCACAGGAGGAGCUGCAGGCAUCUGGGGACCAUGCAGUGCGGACAGUGCUCUGCCAGGAGGGACCAGGAGAUCUACAGUGGGGCACGGGCUAUGCAGAAGUGGUAAAUGCAGGAAAAAGCCAACACAAUGAAGACCAAGCGUGCUGUGAAUUUGUGACUGUGGAAAAAAGAGAUGGUAAACUUAGUGACCACCAUAAGGAAUGGCCGAGCACUGACAGGACAGCAAAGCCUGAACCACAAACCGUACAUAAGGUAAAGAAUGAAAGUGAGUUACAUUUCUACUAUUGGGGCCUUUUUGACGGUCAUGCAGGCUGUGGUUGUGCUAUGGUCGCUUCAAGGCUUCUCCACCUUCACAUCUGUGAUCAACUAAGAGAUCUUGUAGAUAUCCUGCAGCAAUCAGCUGCUGCUCCCAUCUGCCUGGAACUCGAUGCAAGGGCUGAGCAGACGGCAGGCGCAGAGAAUCAGGAAACAUCUAAACCACCUCCGGAGAGAAUUAUUCGCUUCCACCUUGAGAAACAAGUGUUUUCUGAAAGCCUUGUUAUUGGGGCUCUUGAGAAUGCGUUUAAAGAGAUGGAUGAACAAAUUGCAAGAGAGAGAACAAUAUAUAAAAUUGAAGGGGGUUGCUGUGCCCUCGCGGCUGUGUAUUUAAUGGGCAAGCUCUAUGUAGCCAAUGCAGGUGACAGCAGAGCCAUAAUCAUCCAGCAGCGGAAAACCAUUCCAAUGUCACAAGAGUUUACACCCGAAACAGAAAGGCAGAGGCUGCAGUUUCUAGGCUUCUUGAAGCCAGAGCUCUUGGGAAAUGAGUUUACCUAUCUUCAGUUCCCAAGAAGAAUUCAACAAAAUGAACUUGGGAAACGGAUGUUAUAUAGAGAUCACACCAUGACAGGCUGGGCCUACAAAACAAUUGAUGUAGGAGACAUGAAAUUCCCACUUAUCUACGGAGAGGGCAAAAAAGCUAGAGUUAUGGCCACCAUCGGAGUAACACGGGGUCUUGGAGACCAUGAUCUUAAAGUCUUUAAUUCGAACAUCUAUAUCAAGCCUUUCCUGUCAUGCACACCAGAUGUUAGAGUUUAUGACCUCACAGACUGUGAGCACAGCGCUGAUGAUGUCAUGGUGAUGGGAACCGACGGCCUGUGGGAUGUCAUCAGUGACACAGAAGUGGCUGACGUUGUUCAAAGAGUUUUUUCAGUGCAUGGACCUGACAAAUCAAAUAGAUAUAACCUUGUGGCACAAGAACUUGUCCUUCAUACCAGAGGCGUUCUUAAGGAAAAUAGCUGGAGAUUACCUAAUGGUGGCCUAGGGUCAGGAGAUGACAUAUCUGUUUUUGUAAUUCCUUUGGCUGGACAUAGCACUUGAAGAUACCACAGAACAGAAAGGAAUAUCAUAAAACCAUCACUGACAUUUAAUACUAACAGAUACCGAAGAAACUGCACAACCAAGAGCAAUAAUCAUCUAAAAUGUUUUAAAGCUUUUCUUUUUCAAGGUAUCUGUUUUCUCAAUUGAAAAAAACUAAAAUAAAUUUUCAAAACCUAUAACAAAUCUUUAAAUAUUUUAAAUUAUUCUGCAGAAAUGGCAAAAAAACAGUUCACUGGAAGAUGAACCAAAUUGCAUUGCAAAGUCUAUAACUCAAAAUGCGUCAUAAAAGGGCAGGAAGAAAAACAUUUUUGAUUUUCAUAAUUCUAUAUGAUAAAAAUGCUGCAUGUCAAACUUUCUGAACAUUCUAACCAUCAUUUCUGCACUUUUGAGGAGCUCAGGUUUUGUGCGCAUCAAUGAUAAAUUGACUCUUACUAUAACCCUGUUGAUAUGGUUGAAAGGAAACCAAUUUUUUUGCUAAUUUCUUUUAGAACUUUGUCCAUGAUAGAUCCUGCAGAAAUAAAAUCCAAUAUGAUGUAGCUUAAAGGUGUCAGUUUCCUUUAAGUCUGAUGUUUGUCGACUUGUUACAAGUCCUGCUGAAGAUGUGCCUCUUUGUUUAUUUAACUGGAAGUUUUCACUUUUAAAAUGUGACUUUUGGGACGUUAAAUAAAUAUUAAACAACCUGUGAUUAUAAUAUAAAUGUUUUAAUAAUACCAGUAGCAUUAUACUUUCAUUAUUUAUGUUGUCCUCAUUUCUGUAAUUUAAUUUCCAAUUCCUGAUAAAAAAUAAAGUGCAGACUCAACACUGCUAUAUAACACAGUCAUUGGUUGCACUCUCUUGUGGCCUAUCUAUAAUUGGCCUCAGCAGAGAAGGAAACCUAGGUUACAACAUGGCAGUGCCUGAUGUUUUAUGGAUACUACAAUUGUAUACUUAAGUUUUCAAUAUUUAAACAACUAACAUAAUUUAAAAAAAUAAAUAAAGUUGUAUAUUAUCCUCA